UUUCCAUUUGACAAGUGUUUAGAUGCUGUGCCUGGUGGACAAAAAGCCAGGUUUGUUUCGGUGUUUUUGCCACAUUUCCCAAAAACUAUUAAUGAAAACUAGUUUUUCGUAUUGGCAAACGAUACUUCAUUAAGCAGCCUCUAAGUUCUCCGAUAAAGCGAAAACAUGUCGAAGCGAAGUGCUGAUGAUUCAAGCAGCUCCGGCGCGGCCGGCCAACCUGCGAUAAAGAAGGUACACUUCGAACCGCACCUCAUAGGCCCCGUCUCCACACUGGAGGAAAUGGACAUCAAAGUUCUGCAGUUUCAGAACAAAAAGCUAGCACAGCGGAUCGAACAGAGAAUACGGUCCGAAGCUGAGCUGCGACACCGCAUCGAGCAGCUCGAAAAGCGACAGACACAGGACGAUGCUGUACUGAACGUGGUGAAUCGGUACUGGAACCAGCUCAACGAGGACAUCAGAGUCCUCCUGCAGCGGUUCGAUGCCGAGACGGCUGACGAAUCGGAGAAUAAAAACGAGAACGAGGUGACAACUUCCUUCUUGACUCAGCUUUCCACUUGGGACAAAGAGGAAUUGGACGACAAACUAGCGAAUCGUGUCCAGGUCUCAAAGCGAGCAGUGGCGAAAAUCGUUCAAGUCAUCGAUCGGCUGAUGCAACGCAAUGAAAAGAUCACACGAGCCCUCAAAGGUCCCGCGGCCUCUGUGAACGAAGGAAGUGAGAGCGGCGCAACUGAAAACGACGUCGAGAUCCCCCCAAUCGACGAGACACUUCGCCAAUCUCAGAUCGAAAUCAUGGCAGAGAAUCGAAACUUGCAGAAUCUCAACACGUCGCUCCACGAGAAGUUCCACACGAUGUCGCUGAAAAUGAAGGAAUACCAGGACGCGUUGACGGCCAAGGAAACGGAGGUUUCGGAACUGCGAAAUCAAAUCGAUGAGUUGCAGUAUGAACUGGAGAAGGUGCGAUGUCGGAAUGACAAGUUGGAGAACCAUUUGGCGGAGGCUAUUGAGAAGUUGAAGGCGUACCAUCAGAUGCAUGGCGACGCGGCCAAGAGCUCGGGCAGUAAGAGCAUUUCGACGACUAGCGUGAACAGUCAACAUCUGGAGGACUUGCAGAAGGAGCUGGAGGAGUACAGGGAGUUGGCGAACAAUAGACUGACGGAACUGGAUAAGUUGCACCAAACGCAUAGGGAAACGUUGAAGGAAGUGGAGAAACUGAAAAUGGAGAUUCGUCAACUUCCUGAAUCUGUAAUCGUGGAAACCACUGAAUACAAAUGUCUCCAAUCGCAGUUCUCCGUUCUGUACAAUGAAUCCAUGCAGAUCAAAACAAUGCUGGACGAAACGCGAAAUCAAUUGCAAACCAGCAAAAAUCAACAUCUUCGUCAGAUAGAAAUGAUGGAAAGUGAAGAACUGAUCGCUCAAAAGAAGGUUCGAAGCGAAAUGAUUCAAAUGGAAGACGUUCUUGGGCAGAUUCGUAAAGAGUAUGAAAUGCUUAGAAUCGAAUUUGAACAGAACAUGGCGGCCAAUGAACAAACGGCUCCAAUAAAUCGGGAAAUGCGGCAUCUUAUUACGUCGCUACAGAAUCACAAUGGUCAAUUGAAGGGAGAGGUUCAGAGGUAUAAGAGGAAGUAUAAGGAUGCAUCGGCUGAGAAUAUUAAGUUGAGGAAGGAAUUAGAAGAUUUGGCUUCUAAAAUGGAAGGAUCCAAUUCACGUGGGGAUGACGUCAAGCAGGAGAAUGCAAUCAAAGAAGAGACCAGCUCGGAGGGAUCUGCUAGCAUUAAGGAAGAGAAUUCUUCGACGCAGAUAAAAACGGAAUCCGAUGAGAACGAAGAGGAUUGCAAAGACAGCAAAGACGGAAUCAAGCAGGAGAAGCAAGGAUCCACCACGCCUAAUGAUAAGAAGGACGGCCAGGCGAAUGCUAAUACUACCAAAACUGAAAAGGAAGCAAAGGAUGCCCAACGCGCCAAAGAUAUUAAAAUUGCAGAGUCGGAAAUGGUGCGGGACAUGAAAGCUCAAUUGAAGAAAGCCUUGAAUGAUCAGAAGGAAAUGAAAUUACUUCUGGACAUGUACAAAGGUGUCUCGAAAGAGCAGCGCGACAAGGUUCAGCUCAUGGCGGCGGAGAAGAAGUUGCGAGCGGAAAUCGAAGAUCUACGUCAACAACUGAAGAAAAUGCAAGAAAGUAAACGAGAAGAGCGAAAGAAACUUGCGGAUGAAGAAGCGCUCCGCAAAAUCAAGCAGUUAGAGGAGCAAAAGUAUGAAUUACAAAAACAAGUGGCAAAUCAAAAAACAGCAGAGGGUCCGUGGGCAGGGGCUCACUACGUUCGACCGUUUGUCGGCUCGCACGAAGAGGAAGCCCUACUCAACGAAAUGGAAGUCACCGGCCAAGCGUUUGAAGAUAUGCAGGAGCAAAAUUCGCGACUCAUACAGCAACUUCGCGAAAAAGACGAUGCCAAUUUCAAAUUGAUGUCGGAACGAAUCAAAGCCAACCAAAUGCAUAAACUUUUACGAGAAGAGAAACAAAUCCUGGAGGAUCAAAUCGCCACGAGAGAUACUCAAAUCGAAGCAAUGCACAUUGUCCUGCGAAAGCUUGAAGAAAAAGAGAUCCACCUUCAAAAUACGGUAGCUACUAUUGAGAAGGAAUUGGUUCUGAGGCAGCAAGCCAUGGAAAUGCAUAAGCGAAAAGCAAUCGAGUCGGCCCAGUCAGCGGCCGAUUUGAAGCUUCAUCUCGAAAAGUAUCACGCCCAAAUGAAAGAGGCUCAACAAGUUGUCGCGGAGAAGACCAGUUCGCUGGAAGCAGAGGCGUACAAGACAAAACGCUUACAAGAGGAAUUAGCCCAAUUCAAACGUAAGGCGGAGCGAAUGAAGAAGAUCGAAAUGACGGGAACAACAAUCGAUGAAGUUAUGAUGGAAGAAAUUCGCGAGUAUAAGGAGACACUUACAUGUCCUUCGUGUAAGGUGAAGCGAAAGGAUGCCGUACUUUCUAAAUGCUUUCACGUCUUCUGCUACGACUGUUUGCGAACUCGAUAUGAAACUCGACAACGCAAAUGUCCCAAAUGCAAUUGUGCAUUCGGUGCCAAUGACUACCACCGACUUUAUCUAUCCACGUAGACUGGUAUUUAAGGGCAGUGUCAAUGUUGCUUUCCAAUUAUUUUUAAUUAUUAAUUUUUUUUUCUGUUCGUUGUGUACCUGGAAAAAAAAGGAGUUCAGAAAAUUUGGAAUUUCUACUUCCAGAGAUAAUUUUUGAUGAACCACAUUGGACUAUUAUAUGCAGAGAUGUAGUUGUUAAAUUCUGUGAAAAGAAGAAGAAACAACCGUUAUUCUAUUCUAGUUUUAUAUUUUACAUUUCAUAAUUUUAUUAGCAAGUAAGCAGUACUACUGUAGAGCUAAACUAUCAUGUAAUGUAUGUCGGAAAUAAACAAAGACAAUUGAUUUCAAUGAA